UGAUUUCUAGGAAAUUUAUUAAACGCCCGUUCAGAAAGUUUCGCUUUCCUUUCCUUGCCUUUCCCUCUGGUGUGAGUAUAUAUAUAUCUCUCUAAAGCGGUGACUCUGCUCCGGCGUUGCAGUCAUGGCUACCUUUCCCGACGCGUUGUCUAUGUUCGGGCUGGAAGAGGAGCUGACUUGCUCCAUCUGCCUGUGCGUUUUCCAGACGCCGGUGACGACGCCCUGCGGCCACAAUUUUUGCCUGCCUUGCCUGGAGAUGACCUGGAUGGAUGUCGAGGAAACGUUCAGCUGCCCCCAGUGCAGAGCUGCUUUCGAAACCCGUCCUGAGCUGAAGAAAAACACGGUGCUCUGCAAGGUGGUGGAGCAAUUCCAGAUCAGCCAAGAGGGCCUCUUCAAAGGGACGUGCGAGGAGAAGGCGGAGAGCAAGCCGGCCAAGCCGAGGUCUCCCUCCCCAGUGGCCUGCGACAGCUGCCUGGUGGUCGACGCGGCCAAGACCUGCCUCACCUGCAUGGCCUCCUUCUGCCAGGAGCACCUGGGGCCUCACCUGGAGAGCCCGGCGUUUAAGAGCCACCAGUUGGUUCCACUGGUGAAGGAACUUCAGCAGAAGAAGUGUCAGGCCCACAGCAAGCUCCUGGAGUUCUUCUGCCAGGAGCAUGGAGUCCCCAUCUGUUGUUUUUGCCUGGUUUCUCACAAGACCUGUUCCACGACCCCACUAAAAGAGGCCAAGGAAGCGAAGGAGUUACAGCUGAAGAAGAGAUUAACAGAACUCUGUGACUUGAAUGACAAGGCUUCAAAGUCCAUGGAACAAGUACGAGCGCAGCAAAAGCAACUCAGCAAUACCACUAGUCGGAAGUUGGAUUUGCUGAAAUCAGAAUUCCUAGAAAUAGUAGCUUUAAUUCGUGAAGAAGAAAAUAAUUGUUGGAAGAAAAUCAAAAUAGAAGAAAAAAAGGUCCUGGAUAAAUGUGAAUUUGUCCAUACAGUCCUGGGUAAGAAGAAGAAUGAAAUCCAGAGGGAGAGAGAUGAACUUGAAGUGACCUUGGCAGAGAUGGAUGACAUCACAUUUUUAAAGAGAGCAACAAAACUGCGACAGAUAUCCUUCAGCGAUGUAUUUAUUCCCAAAAUAGAGUUGGAUCAAAAUCUGCUAGGCACUGUUCAUCAGAAAGCCUGUAGCCUCAAAGAAGUUACAACACGAUUUUUGAGUAUAACUCAGGAAGAGAAAAAAAAAGAAGGGCCACAGUGGAAACCGAAACCAGAAACUCUCACAUUACAACCAAGAGAAUUUAGAUCUAAAGGGCCACAGUGGAAACCGAAACCGGAAAAUCCCACAUUACAACCAAGAGAAUUUAGAUCUAGUAAUCCCGGCACUUUUGUACUCCCAUUGAAGACACCCGUGGUGGAAGAGGUAUGCCCAGGAGCUGCAGGAAAAACUAGGCAGAGAAGUCGGCCUGCCAAGCGGCCGGAAAGUCCCAAGCGGAGAGCACAAAGCUGCAGCAAAAUGGAGACAAAGAGUGAAACAAUAACCGUUGAUACUAUUUUAACAAAACCAAGAGAGGAGCUUCUGGAAUUUGCUACACAAUUUACUCUGGAUCGCCACAGUGCUCAUAAAAAUAUUGUAAUACUGGAGAAAUGUACCAAGAUGUCUGUCACGGAAACGGUACAGGAUUACAAACAGCACCCUCAGCGAUUUUUAAGCUUCUCCCAAGUGGUUUCUUUCCAGUGUUUCAAGAAGGGAAUCCAUUACUGGGAAGCUGACCUGGAGAACAACAGCUUCUGUGCUGUCGGCAUCUGUUAUGGUAGCAUCCCAAGAAAGGGGCCGAAAAGCCGCCUAGGACGCAAUAAUAGCUCCUGGUGCAUUGAAUGGGUCAAUAAUAAGGUCUCAGCUUGGCACAAUGAUAAAGACACAUCUCUGCCCAGCAGCAAAGCAACGAAGAUUGGUGUCCUUCUAAAUUAUGAUGGGGGUUUUGUUAUUUUCUUUGGUGUCACCGAGAAAAAAAUCUUCCCGCUUUAUAAAUUCAAAAUAGAAUUCACGGAAGCUGUCUAUGCUGCAUUCUGGGUGUUUUCUAAUGGAGCCACCAUUUCACUCUGCCAGCUGAGGUCAUAACAGGCUGUGCAAAAUGGCUUUGAUUCCCCCACAAAGGCAUGUACCCACACGCUAUGAUCUUGCCUUUCCACAGGUUCUCCUCUUGAAUGAAGUUACAAAAAAUGUUUUAAGCUCUGUGCUUGCUUUUUGGAAAAUUCUGGGGUUCUUUGAUCAAUAUUUCAGUCCACUAACCGAGUGGCAAACUCAAUGGGGAAACUUGCCUAGAGGGUUUUUAGUGGACCAAAUCUAUCAGGCUUACUGUUUGUCUCAUACCUCUGAGGUCUAAGCCAUAAUGAGAUAUGAGUAUAUAAAGGUCUUCUUGGAACAGAAGCUUCCUUCAUUUCAUCUCAUGCUCUACUAUAGAAUAAGAAAUGCAGAAAAUAAAAUUCAUGCAUUUUCAGUGACCCAGUUGUUAACUUCCGCACAGGCUGCACUGUUAACAGCUUUGAUUUGCUUCUCUUUGGGGUGAGCACUCCUCACUUUUCAUGGCCUGAAAAUUUCAGUGGUGCUCUCUUAACCUGCAUAGAAUUUGCUACCACAUUUGGCUGUAUGAGCAGUGAGCUCUAAAGGUCUCAUUUUUCAGAUUACUGAAAACAAGUCUGUGCUGGGAGACGAUGAAUCUUUUCCAUUCUUCUACCAAACACCAUGGAAAAAAGGGAAAGUGGUACUUUGCUACUUGGAGGAAAAGUGAUAAUAAAAAGACAGUAUUUUCAUUUGUGGAGCUCCUUUUUAAGACCCUGUUCCAUGGAUUUCUUUUCCUUCCUACCCUCUUUUCAGAUGCUCUGAAUAUGUGGGAAAGGCCAUUUUGUGCCAUUUGAUAAAACAGUUCUUCAGAAUUAUAUUUACUUAAGCUAUGUACUUAAUUAUAUGUUCCUCAAUAACUGUCGAAUAGCUUUGGACAACGUUCUUCAGGCAAGUUAGGCCAUGAAUAUCCUUGGCCAUGCUUGCCGAGAGGAAGUGGUUUAAAAAGAUGGUCAUCUGCUUAACCCAUCUAUCCAUGUUGAACAUAGUUCUUUGAUCAAGGUUGAUUAAGAUGAUGAUGUAUGUUCCUGUUCCUUGAAGGGCUACGUACCUUCACAAUGAUGUUACCUUCACAAUGAUGUUCUAGUGGAAGAUUAGGUAUAAUGUCUGCAUCUAAUCUUCUAGACUUUGUUCCGCUUGCCACUGCUUGAGGUAAUUAGAUUACUCUUAAUUCCCUGGAUGCUAUUCACUGAGCAUAGCCUUUGAUCACAUUUGGUGGUGGAACCAUGUGUUGAAGAUCAUUUAAAGGACUUCCAUUAAGUGUACAAAACCAUUCAGGGUGCCAUCUUUAAUUUCUGUCUGGAAGCUUCCCAACUGGCAUUUCAACUUCAGUAUGUCUUCUGUUUUCUUUUUAAAAAAUGAGCAGUAGACUGGGACGAUCCACAGAAAUUGGAAGGGAAUGGUUUAGGAAACCCAGUUUUAGACUUCUGAUCGUUUUCAUCCUUGGACAGGGGAGGCACCUAGUGGCACAUGGUUCUGAGAAUUGCACAUCUGAGCCAUUGAGUACUUUGCUAAGCUUCCUCCUUCAUUAGAGGUAUUCUAAUUGGCAUUAAGAAGGAUCCAUAACACGAAUGUAGUGGCUUAUGGCACUGUCAGUUUUCAGAAAUACUUCUGCUAAAAAGUGGAAGGAGGUAUCCAUAUGAUAGAAGUAAAUAAACUACAGUUUUGGCAAAUCUAGAUUUCUGCAGGACGUAAUUUGAGAUAAAAGGGCAGUCUGACUGUAGCAUUCUGAUUCAGUUGUAGGUUUAUGAUCGAGUAAAGGACCCAGUCUCAGGAUACCACUUGUUUUCUAAGUAUGUCUUUUAUGCCAUAUUAUUUGAUUUUGAGAAAUGUUUUAAAAGUUAAAUUACGGCGGCAUUAGGGAAAAGGUGCUCUGGAAGUUACUGAAGUGGAAUGGACCACUACAAAAAAAUAAAAUGAAUAUUAUCCAUUCCUUACGGUAACAUGGGAAAAAAGGCUAAGUAGUGAUACAAGGUACAAAGCAAAAAUAAGAACAGAAGAGUUCGAUGAAGGAAAGACAAUUUAUAUUGAGAUCUUAGCUAUAAGAAGAGGGAAAAACAUGGCAUGAGAACCUGUGGCUUCUUCUGCAAUGUAACACGUUUCUUGAAGGGAAUGUGUGUAUACUAGGAUUGUACUUCAGAGCCUUGCAUAGUUUCAUGUUUCUCUUCAUGAAAAUGAGCUUCCUGGCUUUGGGGGUUUUUUUUGGUUCUUGAGAGUGUGUGCUCCCAUAGGAAGUAUCAAUGAAGCAUUCUUUUAACAAAUCAACACUUAGAUUUAGACACUUAUUUGUAAUUUUUUUUAAAAAAACCACAAAUCCUAAGACAGCGUGUAUCCAGUCUCUUGUUAUCCAAAUUCUGUGUGGUUAGCAUUCACUGUGGUGUCUUUGCUGGUAUCUAAAUGUCUUUAGGUUGUGGUUACAGUAGGUGACUCUAAUUAAUAUUGAAGUCUUAAUGAUUAUACUGGAAUCACCUAAUCGAUCUUGAACUAUCUCUGGGAUCCUUUAAGAAUCUCUUUAGAUAGUUUGUUUUUUUCUUUAACAUAUUUAUCCAGGCACAAUAUUGUCCUUUGGCUAAAAGUUGAUUCUUAGCCUUUGUUUCUUGUGUUACAAACCAGGCUUCUUUCUGAUCAGCCCCAAAUAAUGUUUUAUCUUAUGGCAAGUCAGCUCUUGGGAUAAUGUCAGUGGGUAGAAUCGAAGCUUAGUGAAGCAUGUUACUUUUCCCCGGGUUUUAACAGAAGAUAGCCAAAUCUCAUGCUUUCGCUUUGAAAUUGUGUGUUGUUUGGUUCUGUAUCUCCAGUGAUCAUAUUUGUAUUAUUACAUCAUUAACUCGCUAUGUAUCCUGUGGCUUAAUAUUUUUUGCUAAGCUUUUUGGAGAUACAGGCGAUGUAUCUAUCACAAGCAAUUUUCACAAUAACAAAACUUUGGGGAAAUGGUUUCUGUGGGACCUUUGUAGAAAAUUGUUCAGCUUGCUAUAUUAUGGUGUGUUAUCGUGACAGUAACAUAUACAGAUUUAUGAGGCAGUUUGUGUUUUUAUUUUGCACUGUAAGAAAAAAAAACUUUUGUAGUUUGCAUUAACAAAUUGUAGCCUCAAAAUCUCAAGAUAGUGAAGCUGUUAUUUCUGCUGAAGUCUUUACCUUGCUUAAUUAAGAAUCAGCCUGUUGUCUCCCUAACUUUUUAAAGUUAAUGCGAUGAAUCUCAUUGCCUGUCUUUUAAUGAAUAAGUACUUGUUAAAUUAAAAUUAAUAAAGUUUAUCAUGGUUU